AUGGCUACCAAUAAUGAUGAUCUACUUACCGAAACAUCAAAUCCUAUUUUAUUCAUACGUGCUGGUACAACUGGUAUUCGUCAUCUUCUUCCUAUUCGUCUAAAUGAUGGUAAUUAUAACGAUGAUUUAUUUUGUCGUUCAAUAUCACAUUUACGUUUUCAUGUUCCGACAAAUCAAUUAUCUUCGAAUAUCGAAACGAUUCAGAAUAUUUGUUCGUCGAUUCAAACAUUAGAAUAUUUUGAUAUUAGUCACAAUGAACUUAAUAAUUUGCCAAUAGAAAUUGCAUUACUCAAUCAUCUACAUAUAUUAAUUUGUUCACAUAAUAAACUUAUGACAAUAUCGGACACAUUUGAAAAGUUACAUUCUUUAAAACAAAUCGAUUUGUCAUUUAAUCGUUUUAAAACUUUACCGAAUGUUAUUUCUAAUUUAAAAUAUCUGGUUCGAUUAAAUUGUGAACAUAAUUCAAUUAAAAUAGUUUCUAUAAAUUUAUUAAAACUUAAAUUUUUAAAAGUUCUUAUUCUCGAUCAUAAUCAAAUCGAAACACUUGACGGUAUUGAUUUUAGUCAAUUGAAAAGACUUGAAUAUAUUCAUAUGGCUCAUAAUCAAUUAAUAAAAUUUCCACGUAACCUUCAUAGAUUAACCUAUUUAAAAAAUGUGAACCUCUCGUAUAAUCGUCUGACUUAUUUUCCCAUUGAAUUAUUACUUAUAAAUACUCUUGAUGUAUUAGAUCUGAGUCACAACUUAUUCACUCAAUUACCAACAUUAAUAGAUGCUUAUCGACGAACAACACUUAUGUUUUCAAUUGAUCUAUCAUUUAAUCAAUUAACAAAAAUCUACGAUUAUCUUCUCUUGAUUUCGUCUAAACUUGAUCUAUCAAAUAAUAAAAUUCAAUCGAUACCAAAUAAUCUAAUGAAAAUAUUAUAUUAUAAUACGAUUAAAACUCGAGAAUUAAAACUUCAUCAUAAUCCGUUAGUGUAUCCAACGAUUUCAUCUGAAAUUCUCAAUGAAGAAAACACAACGUCAAGAAAUAUGCUUCCCAUUCUUCGGUCGUCUUUUGACGAACAACAAAUGAAUGAACCGACUCGACAAGGUUUUAAAAUAUAUAUUACAGGCUGUAAAAACAGUGGUAAAUCAUCGUUAGCCUAUUGUCUAGAAGAGCAGCGACCGUUGAUAGAAGAUGAAAAAGAUCCAAGACUUGUUAAUAUUCUCCAGUGUCCAUUUUAUAACGAAAGCGACAACGAAUAUUCUUAUUCCGAAACAAAAUCUUUAACAAGUGUAUCGAAACAAUCACACUUUGAUAUUGAUUUACAAAUACAAAAAAAAAUUUCGAGAAAGUCUGGUUUUCUUACAUUCAUAUCUCCACCGUCGUCUACAAUAAUGGAAUCGAAAAAACCCAUUCCAUUAUCUAUAUUUGAUUUUAAUGGAUCAUCGGAACAUUAUGAACAAAUGUCAAUAUUUAUUGAUACAAAUGCUGUUCAUCUGAUUUGUAUUCAUUCAGUUGAUUUUGAUAAGCAAACUCCAAAAACUAUUGAAGAAAUAUUUCAAGAUAAUUUUGACAUAACAUCAUAUCCAAUUGUAAAACAAUUAUUACAAAUAUUGCAAAUUCUUUGUGAAAAAAUAACUAAAACAAGUGCUUUAAUGAUAAUUCCUAUUGUCACAUGCAUUGAUCUAUACAAUAAACAAUCGAUUUAUGAAAAAAAUCAAUUAUUAGAUAAAAUCAAUAGAUUCUUCAAGUUUUUUCUUGAAUCUCGUAUCAAUCGAAUAAAACAUGAAAUUGAACUUAUUGAUCGUCUUCCAAUAAUUUCACCAUCUCUUUCGGAUCGUCUUAAAACUUACACUUCUCUAUUAAAUCUCAACAUAGAAAUUGAAUCUUGCCAAUCAGUUAGUUCAUUAACCUAUGAAGGUAUGGAUGAACUUAAUCAAAAAAUUCAAUAUUGCAUUGCAACACAAAAGACUCUAUUUUCUCAUGUCAAUAGAAUUUUGCCAACACUUUGGGCUGAAACAAAUCGAUAUAUUGAAUCUUUAGUUGAUCAUUUACCUGUUCCCUAUGUUAAAUGGGAAAGUUUUACUAGUCAUAUUAAUAAAAAAUAUGGCCUUUCUGACGUAGUUCACGACAUAACAAUGUCAUUAUCUGAUCAAGGAAAAAUUUUAGUUCUCAAUGAAAUUGGUACAUCAAAUCGUAUUGUUUUUCUUCGACCAUUAUGGCUAGGAGAUCUUCUAUCAGAAUUAUUUCAUAAUAGUAAUUCGUAUGAAUCGACAACAUUUCAAUCACAUAAAAAAGAAUAUCAUGAAUAUGGUCGUUUACAUUAUGAUCUUAAUCAUUUAUUAUGGAAUCGUGUAUUGCAUAAAAAAGACUAUUUUUAUCCUGUUUGGAAUGUAUUAAUGCGUUAUUUAUUAAUUGCCUAUCCAAAACUGAAUAAAAAACAAUUGAAAAGUUUUUUGAAUUCUGAAGCAAUGAAGUUUGAUCAUAUUAUUGUUCCAUAUUAUUUACCAUCGAUUAGUUUAAAAGAACAUGAACAAGAGAAAAAACGUUUUUUUAAACAAUUAACAAAUAAAGUUAAUGUUUGUUAUAAAAGUGCAACAUUAUCGUUGGGUUGUUUUCAUCGAUAUUCAGUUUUGGCUCUAUUAAAAUCCGAUGUUAUAUAUAUGAAGCAUUGGAAUGAUUUUAUUGUAGGUGAAUAUAAAGAAAAGCAAGUUAAAUUUAUUAUUGAAACAAAUCAUCAUACGUAUGUUAAUUUUUACUGUGGAACAAAUGUUAUGGAAAGACCAUUUGAUAAUGUGUGGCAUGUACUUAUGUGUUUACUCAAUCUUUUUGAAGAAAUGUUCAAAGUUUUAGCGCCUGGUAGUCAAUUUACUCGUUUGGCUAGUUGUCCAUAUUGCCAUGAAUAUUCAUUUAUGGGCGAAUGGACAACACCCAAAGAAUUACAAGGUCUUAAAAUAAAAAUUUGCUCAUCAUGUGGACAAAAUGUUGAUACAAAUUAUCUUAUACAACCCAAUGAAAAUAAACGGCGAAAUGAAGAACUUUUGAAAAAAAUUCGAGAACGAAAUGCUAAAACGAAAAAGAACGCCAAUGUUACAUUAUCAACAACAACAAAUGCAACUUAUCUAUGUUUACCAUCUAUCUAG